AUGUACUCGUCCGAGCAGACCCUGUAUCACUACACGAAGGAUGUACGCAUUCUCCAGCGCACUGUGCUGGCUCGCCGAGAGAAUCUCUGCCUGGACUACGUUCGCGCUCCGCCGUCUGCGAAGAUUGUGGAGUGUCGUCGCUUGCUGCAGCAAGUGCUUCACGAAAUCCGCGAUCGGUUCCCAGACGGUAUCGAUGCCAUCUUGCUCAGUGCAGGACUGGAUACCUCCAUACUGUCCGAGGCGAGCGACCAAGACUUUGCUGCUGAUAGCAAUAACGACGAGUUCAUGGCCAUCUCGCUCGACAAGACGGCCAAGGCGCGUCCGAUCCUACGCUUUCGCCACGCGCUGACCGUCCAAGCGGAUCCAACCGCCCAAGACGCCGUUUUCGCCGCCAACAUCUUCAAGCGCCUCGAGAACGUGUCGAUCGAGCAGCAUCACAUCCUCCGCGUGACUUUGGACGCUCUACUGGAGAACUCCUCGGAAGUAGCGCGUCUAUUGUGCACGUGCGACCCGAUGGAGCUACGCAACUCGUUGGUCAUCUACGAAGCGCUACGAGAGGCGUCAGAGCGCGGUGUCAAGCACCUCGUGACUGGUGAUGCAGCGGACGAGGUAUUCUGUGGCUACUCGUUCUACCAUGGCAUGACUGAGGAGGCUUUAGACAAGUACCGCGAGCGAAUCACUGCCACGAUGCAGUUCACUACGGCCAAACUCGCGAGAGAGCUCGGAAUUGAGGUGAUCAGUCCAUACCUCGACGCUCGGGUGGUGGCCUUCUCCAAAACUCUGAACAAGAGCGACAUGGUCGGCGAACGCACGCCCGUGCCGCGUGACGGGGAGCAAGGAGUACAUGGUAAGCUGAUUCUGCGUCAGGCGUUCCCCGAGAGUUUCUCCCAGUGGCGAGCCAAGGAGCCCAUCGAGGCCGGGUCCGGCACGACGCGACUGCGGCUCGGGUACUUCGAUUCGCAUUGGACGGAUGAAGAGUUCGCCGAGCAGCAGCGCGCCGUCUUCCGAGAGCACGGCGUGUACAUCCGCGACCGAGAGCAUCUGUACUUCUUCCAGGCGUUCUUGAGCGCUUUCAAUGGGGAUCUGGUAAAUGUACCGCGCCGAAGGUUCAACGAGGCCAAACGGGAGGUGGAAGCGCACGGACUGGAGGAGUCAGCGGAAAGUCCGAACGUGUUUUGUCCCGGGUGCGGCUUCGAGCUUUCGCAUCCGAAACAGGACUUUUGCGUGACUUGCGGCUGCUGGCCGACGUGCGUCUCGCCUACCAACGACUCGCAAGGAUACGCCACCCAAGCUCUCGCCAAGCUUGAAAGUGAAAAGCAACGUCUACUCCAGCACUAA